AUGGAUCUUUGGUAUUGCGAGAAGGAAAUUGAAAAUGCCGAUCGUAUGAUUGAGCAAUGGAAAGCUGAAAUUGGUGAAGGCUUUGAUGUCAACUUUAUGCGUUAUGAACUUCUUUCGGAAAGUUUGAAACAUAUUCAAAGAGAAGAUGAAUGCACACUUGACAAUGACUUGGAGGAAUGCGAUGAUGAGGAAUGGGAUGAAGAAUGUGAAGAAUAUGAUUAUGAUGCCUCUCAACAAGAUUGUGCAACUCCGAUUAGUCCUGCUGCAGUCUCUGCUUACUUUAGCUUUGUGAGUGAAUGCAGUGACGACGAUGAGGAGGAGGGAGAGGAUGAUGAGGAAUAUAGUGAUGACGACGAUGACGACGAUGAAGUCACUGAAGAAGAUUACGAAGAGGAUUGUGAUAACGACAAUGUGUCAUCAUCAGAAUCGGAAGAAAUGGAUACCUUCAAUGUUAUCUGUGACCAAACAUGUACCUUCAAAUUUGAAUACUCCUCUACUGCGGAUUCGACUUUAUCCGAAAAGGAUCAUCACUGCGAACAACAACAACUCGACGAUUCAACCAACGUAAAGACAAUGCAAGAUUUCAUCCACCACGAAUAUAUUGGUGGAUUGUUGCACGAAUUGGGAGGACCUUGUGUCACUCGUUCCAAUGCCAACGCGGAAUAUGAUUCGAUUGAAGAUCAUUCUGAGAAUGAACAACCAAGCACGAAUUGUGACAUUCUUGAUGAAAACGAAACAUGUCUCAAUGAACAAUCCUUGCUAAAUGAGCAUUCAAGCACUGUUCGUGAUAAUAAACAAGCAGCAGAUUUCAACAACAACGAGACUUUUUGA